GGGGGGGCUCCUGUCUCAGUUUCCCCAGCAGGGCUGCCUUGCCACACAGGGGAGCCUGGAAGUCUGAAGAGCAGCGACAGAUGGGCCAAUAUUGACUUUAGCUCUCAGCCCGAGGAAGCCAGCUGGUGCCCAGGUAACCAUGGUUACAAUUAUGCAGCGAAACAUCGGGCCUUGGCGCGGGGCGAGAGCUGGUAACAAAGGGGAUGUCGGCCGGGGAGAAGAAUCAGCCCCUGGGAAGGGAGCAUCGCAGUUCGAGGUAACUGCACCUGCCUUCCCCCUCCAUGAGCCACGUUUCUCUCCCUCCCGGCUACACAGUCCCCUGGCUACCGGGGCUACGCCCAGACGGCCUCCCCGGCCCAGCGCCCACGCUCUGCUUCUUCUCUGGAGGCUGCAGCCGGAGGAAUUGCCACAGCGCCAAGUGCCCAGCCAGCUGCUUCUGAGCAAGCCCCGUGCGGAGAUGGUGAAACUGAGGCACAGAGGCAGACAUGCUGCAUCCGAGGUGCACAGAGGGUGUGUGGCAGAACAAGGAUUCGAACCCAGGACUCCUGAGUCCCAGCCAUUAAUCACUAGGCACCGUUCCCUGCUGUCUGCAACAGCCCUGAAGGCUUGCCUCAUCCAUUGGCUAUACCUUCCCAUUCUGUUCAUAGGAAAAGUGCAGUCGGCACCAGACGUGGUAGCUCAUUUCAGGGGGGAUGUCACCCUGAGAUGCCUCUUCCUGUCCCAGCCCGGCAUGAACCUCCAGCAUCUGAUCCUCACCUGGCAGAAGGAGCAGGUGGGGGCAGAGGCCCUGGUGGUUCAUAGUUACUAUUACGGGAGGGACCAGCUGGAGAAACAGGACAAGGCUUAUAGGAACCGGACCCAGCUGGAACCAGAGGGGCUGGCCCGGGGGAAUGCGUCCCUGACACUGAGGGACAUCCACUUGCAGGACGAAGGCGUCUAUCAGUGCCACAUCACCUCGGAGCUAGGCACGAUGUCUGAACUCUGGGAGCUGAGAGUGGGAGCCCUGUUCAGCGAGCCCCAGCUGACCUUCAGCCUCUCCAGUGCCGGGGUCAUGCUGACCGUCCACACAUGGGGCGGGUACCCCGCGGCCACGGUGCAGUGGCUGGAUGAGGCGGGCAGGGACGUCACAGCAGAGGGCGCCACGGAGCAGCAGGUGGAUGAACAGGGGCUAUACCACAUCACCAGCUGGGUCACGGUGCCGCCUGUGACCCACAGCACCAGGCUGACCUUCGUGUUAACCCCUCGUGUGCUGGGGGCACCAAUCACCCGGCCACUGAGCCUGCAGCUGAGCCCAGGACUCCUGAGUCCCCCGGCCUCCUGCCUUGGGGUCCACCUGGCUGUCAUCUGCGCUGCCUGCCUCUUCAUCGUCCUGCUGGCCGUUGCAUUUCUCUACCAUCUCCACCAGGGCCCGGCUGGAUCCCGCUCCUGGAGGAAGGCUGAGAAGAUAGAGGAGGAGCAGAAAGAGAUCUCUUGUCCUAUCUCAGCCAGCCCCAGCUCAGAACAAGCCUGCCCCACUGGCCAUGAGCAGCCAGCUGGGGCCAAGCCCUAGGGAUUGGCUGGGGCAGAGCUUGAGCCACCAGGAGCAAGAUCUAGCACCACCCGGGCUCUGUCAUCUCCCGGCAACCAAGCCCCAGAGGACCUAGAACAACCCCUGCUCCCCCGGCUCCACCAUCUGGCCAUGCCCCUCCGCUGGGUGCCCUUGACCUUGGCCAAGAGCUGGGAGACCCGCCUCAUCCUCUAGCAGCAUCACCGAGGGGCCUUCACCCCCCACACUGAGAAUCAGGCUCCAUCCGCGGCCUCAGACCAGGGCCCCCGACAUGAUGUGCCCUCCCCCGCCCCCGACAGCACCCCUCCUGGGAAUGGAGAGGCAGCUGCAGCCACUGCCCCAGGCACGAGAUGGGUGAAUGAGCCCAGCUGGGCUGCAGCAGAACCACUGGACCAGCCGGCCCGCGGAUUGGCAGACUGGGGCCAGGGUUCUGCAUGUCAGCCCAGUGGCAGGUCCUUGGCUGCCCAACGCUUAUGCCCGCAGCUGUGAUCACUCCUUUGCCUGCCUUGGUCCUGUCCUGCUCCCGCCCUGCUCCAGCCCGGCUUCUGACCCCUGGCUCCGGUUAUUAGCUUGGAUCUGGCUUUUAAUCUUAGCGGAUUCCUAGUUGCAGCUUUGGCCUGUGGCUCUGGCUUGGACCUGACUCUAACCACUAGAUCAGAUGGCCUAGACUAACCACAACCUGGCACCGGUGCAAUCUCUUCUCUAGCUGUCCCUUUUUAGCCCCCUCCCCCGCACAUACUGCACCUUCCUCAUCAGCCAUCCUAUUCCCUGCUGCAUUCUCCUCCUGGGACAGGAUCAGCCCGCUGUCCUCUUGUCUUGCAUCGUGUACAGGUUCCUAUACCGCCCUCAUCACUGCAUAGCUGAGUGCCUGCCAGGUCGGGCAUGACCCACCGCGAUUAUACAUCUGUCACGUGCUGUUUGUUCUCUCAGCCUCUCCCCGGAUGGAGAAGUGAGUGCACAGGAGGCUCUUGUUUUGGUAGGGUGUCCUUUUUGGUUACUAGAAAUAGACCUGUUGCUACAUGUUUAUGCUGGAGAAGACAGGCCCAAGAGUCUUUGGAGCAGUCAGCAGUCAGGUUUCUAAUAAGCCUUGGCUCCUGUGGCAGGUAGUUCCGCAGUCUUGGACCAUGCUUGAAGAAGGUUCUUGCUGCUGAACAGACCAGCUUUACUCCUAUGGUUGAGAAUUUCACAGUCCAGAGCUGUCAACCAGAGUCUGUUCCUCCGAGCUUUACAUGGGCUAUUGGAUAGGCUGGGCCUAGGCCAUGAAGCGCUGUGAAGAUAAUGACUGCUCACUAUCUGGCAGGAAGCCAGCGUAGAGAGCGGAGCAGAGGUGGGAUGUGCUCGUGGCGGCUUGCACCGCUGAGGAGAUGCACUGCAGCAUUUGGCCCUUGUCGGAGUCCCUGCGUGCCGGACUUCCUGCCCGGACCCAUCGCGCUGCUGUCAUCUAGCCGGGAGAUGCCGAAGGCGUGAAGCACAGGUCGUCCCCCGCCAGGACGGACAGAGUCUCCUAGCCAGCCAGAGAUGGCAGAAAGCGCCAUGCGUGGCCCUUGGGAUGUGAGAGUCCAGCAAUAGCGAGGAAUCCCGGGGCACUCCUGGACUAUGGGCCUGACUGGCCGGUGCGGGACGUGAACUUCAAUCGAAGGCAGCUGUUCCAGGGCUGUGAACAUCCCCGAGUGCUCUCCUCUGCCUGCCUUGCUCGGGGUUCAGCGCCAGCCAGCUGCUCCCAUCCCAGAGUUGAUCUUGCCUGUCACGGGGCAAUGGCGGGGGGGGUGGGGUGUCUGUGAGUGGGUGCGCUGAAGGACAGGUCGAGCUGGGGGUCACCCGCUGAUUGCUGGCGCUUGAGUCUGUGGUGUCUGACCAGUUCCCAUAGUAGUGCAUGGUGUCGAAACGGACCAGAGAGAAAACUGACUCUGGGGGAGCCGCUCUAGCCAGGGGUCUGGGGCGGAGGAGCCGUUCCCCAUUGCUACUCGCUGGGUGUGUCCAUUGAGCAACGGUGCAAGUAGAAAUAAUUUCUUGCCGGUACGCUGCACUCAUGGGAGUGACUCAAAGGGGCGGGGGCACGUGACCUCUGCACGUGACCCCCCCACGUGACUCCUCCCUGCCCUGCCCCCAGCCCGAGGCCCUGGCGCCCUCCCUGUCACUUCCCCAGGAUCCACAUCCAUCCCAUGUUACCUGGGGGCAGAGGGGGCUCUCUUCUCCUCCCGCUGCACCAGAGACUUCUGCUGUACAGACCCCAGGCCGGAGGACUCAGGAGACACAGCUGUGUGGAAGGGCUGGGGAUGGGCUCUUCCUGUGUCUUUGCGGCUAUACAUAUCACAGUGGCACAGCAGACUUGACCGGAGCACCCUAUUUGCCCCACUGCCGUUGAGGAAGGAAUCCAACCAUGGGCUCCUGGCACCUCUCUCCGCAUCCCACACUCGACGGGGGGGGGCUAUCCAUCGGUGCCAUGAAACAAUUUCAGCUCCGUGUCCUGGCCUGAAUCCUGCUUGGGCCAAGUCCCACACGUUGGCUUGAGUCAGAUGAGCCUGUGGGUGGCUUUGGAGCAAAGCUCAGGAGCGAUGGGUCUGAGACAAGGCAACAGUUGACUACAGCCUAGGGCUGCAGGGCGGGUUUCUGCAGUGCUGUCCUGUGUGGGGAGGUGGAAGGGACGGUCCCUUCUCUCUGUGGCUGUUUCAGCCAGGAGCGGCACCAGGGAUUCCCGACUCUCUUACAAGCCAGGAAGAGCCUGGGCCGGGUUCCCAUGUCCUGGACCAGGACUGUUUUGGGGAGUCCUUCGUGUCUUGCCCAGUGACUGUCCCGAAUGCUCGGCCUUGUUGGCCUGUAGCCAGCUUUGGAAUCUGUUGGAGGGCGUGAGUCUCCUUGGUUGAAUUAUGACAGGCUCAUUGGUCUUUCUUGCUUCUGGGUGACCUCGAGCAAGUCAGCCCUGCCUGUGCCUCAGUUUCCCAUCUAUGAAACGGGGAUAACACUACUGCUCUUCUUUAUUUGUUAUUUGUUUGUAUUGUUAAAGUGUUUGUUAUUUAUUAUUUGUAUUGUUAAAUCUGUCCAUCUUUGGCCUUAAAAUCCAUGAACAUGUGUCAUGCAGGGACUGAAGGAGAUUGAGCUUUUUAGCUCAGCGAAGAGGCAACUUGAUUCUGUUCUAUCAACAUGGCCCUGGGAAAGCAAUUUCUGAGAGCGGAAACACACUGGUCUGAUCUAGAGCAUGGUUGGGGCAGCUGUGCCAGGAUACCAGGCUGGCUGGGCCCAUGGGUCUGAUGCAGGGCGGCAGGGAGGGGUUUCGGGGGGGUGGAAUAAAAAUAUCCCAGAAUUCCCCAUAUGACAGAGGGGGCUCAGCUCCACAACCACCUCCACAGCUGAUUGGGCGCAGAAGAGAGUAGGGUCGGAGCGGCUGCUGUGGUGCCCUGGAUCGGGCCGAGGUGCGUUAGGCACCAGAGCAAUCAAGCGGGAAGAACCUUCCUGUCCCAUCCCCUCUGCCCUGGACUGACCCCCAGCCCCCUCCUGUCCCUGACACCCCAAAUUCCUCCUGCCUCUCCCCACUCCCCAUGGGAUGGGCAGGGCGAUACAAUCUCAUGGUCCAUACAGGAAAAAAUAACCAACCCCACAACCCACAAACAGUGAAGUGGAACCCCCAGAAAAAAAAACAAAGUCAAAAUCCUGACUGAUUUCUCACCUUCUCUGGGGCUGUGAAAACCAUCCGGAGUUUAUGAGCAGCUUACGGCCGACUGUUCUCAGGAGCCCCAGUUGUCUCCAUUUCCUCCCACAAUAAAACAGCUCGUGCAGAAAUAUUUGACCCGCCGGACCUACAGUCUGCCCCGGCUGUACAAAAAGGGCCUGGGAGUGGGGUGGAUGCUAUAAUCCUGAAUGCAGAUUAAGUCAUUUGCCAGUGCCACAAUGGGCUACAGAACACAUACAUGAUGGGCCAGUGUUGAUGAAUAUAUAUUUAUAUGCUAGCCAGCCUGUAUCAUGUUAAUAGCGUGCCUUAGCUGCACCCUUUCUUUACGUUAGUAAACAUUAAGCACCACUAGCACUAGCAAAUGCAUCCGACGAAGUGAGCUGUAGCUCACGAAAGCUUAUGUUCAAAUAAAUUUGUUAGUCUCUAAGGUGCCGCAAGUCCCCCUGUUCUUUUUGCGAAUACAGACUAACACGGCUGCUACUC